CAAAUGGUUCGGACGGGGAUGGACCCUCCAAGAAUUGCUGGCCCCCCGCACUGUACUAUUCUACACCCAAAACUGGUCGCUCUACAAGAAUCUUACAUCUUCAAAUCAUAAAACAGACAGCCUUGUGAUCGGGGAGCUCGAAAGUACGACGAGAAUAGUGUCUCCGUUUCUGAUAGACUGUUCUCCAGGUAUGGAUGACGCCCGUUCGAGGCUGCAAUGGGCAUCUUCACGGCGUACCACCCGCCCUGAGGAUAUCGCCUAUUCACUCUUCGGCAUCUUCAACCUCCAUCUACCCGUUCUCUAUGGCGAAUCUGCUGAAAACGCCUUGGGUCGCCUUCUGGCAGAAAUCAUAUCGCAGUCCGGAGAGAUCUCAGUUCUGGAUUGGGUAGGAGAGGCAUCAACCUUCCACAGCUGUUUCCCAGCCCACAUCACUUCGUACCGCACAUUGCCAUUAUCACCACAUCACCAACCUGACGCUGAAGAACGUGCAUCGACGAUGGGUGAGAAAUUUACACCAAGCAAAGCACUGCGGAAGCUGCAUGACUCGCUUGCCAAGUCACCCCUCCCACGAUUUAUCAAUCGUCGCCUUAUAUUACCUUGCCUCGUCCACCGUGUUACAAUGGUCCAACUAAAGAAGCGUUGCACGUACGAAAUCCAGGCGUCGGGUCUACGGCCGCUCGAGAUCGCGUUGCCGCACGAGCUAGAAAAUGCUGACAAUGUCGCCAGUCAAUCCACCGGGACAGAAGCCACCAGUGCAGAACAUGUGAUCCUGACACUAGGACGACCAUUUAAUGCCCUUUUGUUGACCAAAUUGCCUCACGACGAAUAUAAAAGGAUCGCGUCUUCCACCCUUAUUGUCGCUCAGCCCGUGGACUCGGCUAGUCUCUUGCAAAGCAAGAUUAGGACCUUCACUAUAGUGUAGUUGGUCACUGUUGAAGCACUGCUUUCAUGAUACAACUAGGUC